AUGAUCACACCUUAUUCAACUCAACAUGCCCAGUGCUCUGUCGACAUUGACAACCUGGAGACGCUGGGGCUUCUUGGUCGAGGAUGCAGCGGUACUGUCCUCAAAGCAAUCGAUCGGUCCACGAACACCCUGUACGCCAUUAAGACGGUGCACAACGUCUACGAUCGCGCACAGCGGCGGCAAAUUCUCACGGAGAUUCAAACCUUAUACAGCGUCGCUACGCCAUGGCUCGUCGACUUUUACGGCGCGUUCUUCAAAGACCACGCGCUCAGCUUAAUCUUGCAGUAUUGUGAUCGUGGGUCCCUUGAUGCGUUGGUGCGCCAGCACGGCGCUAUCCCCGAGCGGAUCUUGGCCCACAUGACGUACCAGAUCCUCAGUGGCCUGCAGCAUCUCAAAGAAGCUCGACAUUUUCACCGCGACAUUAAGCCACAGAAUAUUCUCGUCACGAGCGAUGGCUACGUCAAGCUCACUGACUUCGGUCUCGCGCGGGAGUUGACCGGGACAUUCGAUAUGGCGCAGACAUUUGUCGGCACAUUCAAGUACAUGUCGCCAGAGCGAGUCCAGAACGAGCCGUACGACUUCUCGUCCGACAUUUGGGGUGUCGGGCUUGUACUGUUAGAGUGUGCUUUAGCCGCGUACCCGUACGGCGAAUGCGGUAGCUACAUCGAUGUCGUACAGAGCAUUCUCGAGUCGCCGCCACCAGCGUUGCCCACGGAUGCAUUUUCCACCGAGUUUCAAGAUUUCCUCAACGAUUGCCUUCGCAAGGACAUGGAGUCCGAUGUGCCAACCAAGUGA